GUCUUUGCGCGCGCCGGAAGUGCCUGCCUGACAGAGCGGCGACGAGGGGACGACUGCGUUUGCGGGAUCUCCCGGCGGCCCAGAGUCGCACACACAGACCAGGCCUCUAACCACUCCCUGGGAGCCUGCGUGCCAGCAGCCUGAAACCCAGAGCCUCUCCCGGAGCCUGCACAAUCAAUCCAGACUGAAGCCGAUGUCUUCUAGAGAGACGGACGUGCAAUCCAGCCAGGGCGCAGCUGCAUUUUGAGAGGCCUGAAUGCCUCCGCGUACACCAGGGGACCGCUGGGACUAAUUCUCUUGGCAAACUUGUGGCCAGCCAAAACUGCCAUGCUUCACAUCCCAGUUAUCCUUGGUUACCGCCCAAGAUGAGAUUGUUGAAAACUUUAUAUUUGAUUCCUGAAAGGACUCAAUGGCUUACAGAAGAAAUGAAAUGUGGUCUGAGGGACGGUAUGACUAUGACAGACUUCCAAGAGAACGCGUACCUCCUCGAAGUCACCCCAGUGAUGGCUACCAUAGAGUAGUUAAUAUUGUGCCAAAGAAACCACCACUACUAGACAGACCUGGUGAAGGAAGCUACAAUAGAUAUUACAGUCAUGUUGAUUACCGAGACUAUGACGAGGGCCGCAGUUUUUCUCAUGAUCGAAGAAGUGGUCCACCUCACAGAGGAGAUGAAUCUGGCUAUAGGUGGACAAGAGAUGAUCAUUCUGCAGGCCGACAGCCUGAAUACAGGGACAUGAGAGAUGGCUUUAGAAGAAAAGGUUUCUACUCUUCCCAUUAUGUGAGAGACCGGUCUCCUCAUAAAAGAGACACACCGUUCUUCAGAGAAUCACCUGUAGGCCGAAAGGAAUCUCCACACAGCAGAUCUGGCUCCAGUGUCAGUAGUAGAAGCUACUCCCCAGAAAGAAGCAAAACGUAUUCUUUCCAUCAAUCUCAACACAGAAAGUCCGUGCGUGCUGGUGCCUCCUACAAACGGCAGAAUCAAGGAAAGCCAGAAAGAGGUAAAGAGAGACCUGUUCAGUCUUUGAAAACAUCAAGAGACACUUCACCCUCAAGUUCUUCAGCAGUUCCUUCAUCAAAGGUGUUAGACAAACCCAGUAGGCUAACUGAAAAGGAACUUGCUGAGGCUGCAAGCAAGUGGGCUGCUGAAAAGCUAGAGAAGGCGGAUGAGAGUAACUUACCUGAAAUUUCUGAGUAUGAGGCGGGAUCCACGGCACCACUGUUCAUUGACCAGACAGAAGAACCUGAGUCAAAUGCAACAGAUGGCAUAGAAUUAUUUGAAGACAGUCAGCUAACCAGUCGCUCUAAAGCUAUAGCAUCAAAAACCAAAGAGAUUGAACAGGUUUACCGACAAGACUGUGAAACUUUCGGGAUGGUUGUGAAAAUGCUGAUUGAAAAGGAUCCUUCACUAGAAAAGUCUAUCCAGUUUGCACUGAGACAGAAUUUACAUGAAAUAGGUGAGCGCUGUGUUGAAGAGCUCAAGCAUUUCAUUGCAGAGUAUGACACCUCUAGUCAGGAUUUUGGAGAGCCUUUUUAGACUAUUACUUGCUCAGGCAAAAAAAAUGUUUCUAGAUUUUUUUUUCCUGGAUUGUGUAAAUCCUUAAUAUAUGGAAUUUUGCGAUGAAGAGAAAUACUUUAUGAUAGUUGACCACAUUUCCAAUAUCAAAUAAACAUCUAAAAUAGUCUAAGAUAUUUUAAUUAGAUUUUUUAUCUACACAUAGAGCCUCCUAAUCCAUACUUACCUCCCUCUCUCCUAAAAUGAUGGGUCAGUUAAUUUUUCAAGCUUUGAAAAAGCAGUCCUGAAGAACAGCUUUCUGUACUUACUCAUGUUCUGUAGUCUUCCAUAGUAUAUGAUCAUUUGUUUGGUCAUGUUAGUGUAAUUUAUAGGUUAGAGAUCAUUUCAUGUAAACAUUAAUAGUCUUUUUACAUUUCAUAGUCAAUGAUACCAUGUGAAAAUGUUAGAAUUCUGAGUUGUGAUUUUACUGAAUUGUUGCUUGCUUAUCUUAGGCCUUGUAACUUUUAGUAUGUUUAAAUAUAAUAUCUAAAUAAACUGAAUACUUUGUUAUCUUAGAGAAUAGUUGCUUUGAGAAUAAUUCUCAUUGCGAUAACAUAGAGCACUUACAUCUCUUAAAGGCCCUCACAAUAAAAUGCUGUUUUCCAAGUAAAUGAACUCAAUGUCUUGUAUUAAAAUAAUCCUGAAUUUCCUGGCUACUCUCGCUGAUGUGUGAGUCUUCAACAAUAUUAUAUGUAAGACUAAGAGAAGGGACAAUUUGAAAUGAAAGAUGAGGGCUAUUUUAAAGUUGAAAUUUCUUUAAAAAUAUUAUAAUCGAAAGAGAAAGAUUUAGAAUAUGAGGGAGUAGUGGAGUUUCAUUUUUUCCGUAGGCCCAUAUUCCCUAUCUCAAGAAAGAAGAAGAUUAAUAACAUAUCCGUGAUUAGACCAUUUACAAAUUAUGCCUUUAUUAAUCUCUGUUUGUAGUCUAACCAGUUCUUUGUUCUGCUGCCCUUUUUAGGAGUUCUUAGCCUUUCAAAAAUGUUCUUGAAAGAAACAAAGCAGAAUAGGCACUCAGCCCAGCAUAACUACCCUUCACCAAGCAGUCUAUGUAAACAAUCCUUCAUGAGUGAGCCGUCCAAAUCACAGGUUAGUUAGGAAUCUAACUGGGACGAUUAGGAUAUUCUACUCGCUUCCUGAUCACUUCCAGCUGCCCAAUGGCAUUUAGCCAAAAUAUGUGAUUUUAUGGCAUUAGUUAGGAGACCUUAAAAAUCAUGUUUGUUAUUACUACCCAAUUUCAUUAUCCUCCCAUCCUCUUUCCAUUUCCAGUCUCUUCUCACUUGAAUUCUGGCAUUAUUUUUAGUGACCUCUAUUGAUAGUAUCUAAAGAGCUGCCCCAGAGUAGAUAAAAAUUAUAUUAAAAGUGGAAACAGCAGUAUAAAUAAUUUUUGUGGAUCCUAUAAUGGGUGCCUCAGAAUAUGUAUUAUGCCAUUCCACAAAUUUAAGAACUAAUUAAAGGCAACAAUUAUUUUCCUAAGUUUCCUGUAUGAAACCACCUUGAAUUUUUAUUUUUGCCACUUAGAUGUUGUACAUAAGCCACAACUAAAUCCCACAUAUCAUCUCUGGUAUUCUUCCCUAAAAUAAACAGUGAUUUUAUUUGUUACCCACUUUAGAAAGACUAAGAAAGUACUGAUCUUGUUUUUCCUGUGCCCCCAUGUUUUUUUUCUCCUUAAAUAUUCUAAUUCCAGGAUUCAGUUCCUUUAGCCAAGAUGUCACAAGUUUAAAAAUAAAACUUGAGAAACAAGGCAAAGGAGUUGUUCACCUAGUAGAAACUCAUUAAACUAGAAAGUUUACUCACAGAUGCAUUUAAAUACAGGUUCAACAGUUAAUUUCUUCAUCUUCCGUUCCCCCAAAAUACAUUCAGCAUUUAAAGGUGUUUAUAGCUUGCCAUCAGUAUUAUUCUGGUAGGCUUGUCAGUGUUAAAUCUGUUUGUUUGUUUGUUUUAAAAGCUUAAUUAAAUAUCUAAUUUCAGUAUAGAUGAAUUCAGAUGUGUACCAGAGUGUGCAUUUUGCAAAAUGUUCUUGAUUAAAGAAAUCUGUAAAUUAUCCAUUGUUUAUGAGUAUGCCCAAUUGAUGUGAUAAAAUUUUCAUUGUCUUACCAUAAAGCCUUGAUGGUCAACAGGGGGAAAGCAGAUAUUGUGAAGCUUUUUGUGAAUUUUAAAAGUGCAAAAUAAAACAACCAGGUUGAAAUAA